GCGGCGGCAGCGGCGGUGGCGGCGGCCGCGGCGGCUUCUGCUUCCCGGCGUCCCGCAUGAGGAGAAGCGUUAAAUAGCGCCAGAGCCGCGGCGGCCGCCACUGCCCGCUCGGUGGCGGCGGGGCCGCUUGGCCGGCGGCGGAAACAUGGCGAGCGAUUCCCCGGCGCGGAGCCUGGACGAGAUCGACCUCUCGGCGCUGCGGGAUCCUGCUGGAAUCUUUGAACUUGUGGAGCUUGUUGGCAAUGGUACCUAUGGGCAGGUCUAUAAGGGUCGUCAUGUUAAAACAGGCCAGCUUGCUGCUAUUAAGGUUAUGGACGUCACCGGGGAUGAAGAGGAAGAGAUCAAACAAGAAAUUAACAUGCUGAAGAAGUAUUCUCACCACCGGAAUAUUGCUACAUAUUAUGGUGCUUUUAUAAAAAAGAACCCACCAGGAAUGGAUGAUCAGCUCUGGCUGGUGAUGGAGUUCUGCGGCGCGGGCUCCGUCACCGACCUCAUCAAGAACACGAAGGGGAACACCUUGAAGGAGGAGUGGAUCGCCUACAUCUGCAGAGAGAUCUUACGGGGCUUGAGUCAUCUACACCAGCACAAAGUAAUUCAUCGAGACAUCAAGGGACAGAACGUGUUGCUGACAGAAAAUGCUGAAGUUAAACUGGUGGAUUUUGGAGUCAGUGCUCAGCUGGACAGAACAGUGGGCAGGAGGAACACCUUCAUUGGAACACCCUACUGGAUGGCCCCCGAGGUCAUCGCCUGCGAUGAGAAUCCUGAUGCCACUUAUGACUUCAAGAGUGAUUUGUGGUCUUUGGGGAUAACAGCCAUCGAGAUGGCAGAAGGUGCUCCCCCUCUCUGUGACAUGCAUCCCAUGAGGGCCCUCUUCCUUAUCCCCCGCAACCCAGCCCCGAGGUUGAAAUCCAAGAAGUGGUCUAAAAAGUUUCAGUCCUUUAUUGAGAGCUGCCUAGUGAAGAACCACAGCCAGAGACCAACUACAGAGCAGCUGAUGAAGCAUCCCUUCAUCAGGGACCAGCCCAACGAGAGGCAGGUCCGUAUCCAGCUCAAGGACCACAUUGACAGGACUAAAAAGAAGAGAGGAGAGAAAGAUGAGACAGAGUAUGAGUACAGUGGCAGUGAGGAGGAGGAGGAGGAAAAUGACUCUGGAGAGCCCAGCUCCAUCCUAAACCUGCCCGGGGAGUCAACGCUACGCCGGGAUUUCCUGAGGCUGCAGUUGGCCAACAAGGAGCGGUCGGAGGCUCUGCGGAGGCAGCAGCUGGAGCAGCAGCAGCGGGAGAACGAGGAGCACAAGCGGCAGCUGCUGGCGGAGAGGCAGAAACGGAUCGAGGAGCAGAAGGAGCAGAGGAGAAGGCUGGAGGAGCAACAGAGGCGGGAGAAGGAGCUACGGAAGCAGCAGGAGCGGGAGCAGCGGCGGCACUACGAGGAGCAGAUGCGGCGGGAGGAGGAGCGGCGGCGUGCUGAGCACGAGCAGGAGUACAUCAGGCGACAGUUAGAGGAGGAGCAGAGACAGUUAGAGAUCCUGCAGCAGCAGUUGUUGCAGGAGCAAGCUCUACUUCUGGAAUAUAAACGGAAGCAGCUGGAGGAGCAGCGUCAGGCGGAGAGGCUGCAGAGGCAGCUCCAGCAGGAGAGGGACUACCUGGUGUCCUUGCAGCAGCAGCAGCAGCAGCAGAGGCAGGACCAGAGGCCAGCAGAGAAGAAACCCCUCUACCAUUACAAAGAAGGGAUAAAUGCCAGCGAGAAACCAGCGUGGGCCAAGGAGGUGGAGGAGCGCUCGCGGCUCAAUCGCCAGAGCUCACCGGCCAUGCCCCACAAGGUGGCCAACAGGAUUUCUGACCCCAACCUGCCUCCUCGCUCUGAAUCCUUCAGCAUCAGUGGUGUGCAGCCAGCCAGGACCCCACCCCUGCUCCGACCCGUGGACCCACAGAUUCCACAUCUGGUCACUGUGAAAUCCCAAGGAAGCUCCUUGUCUGGCUCUCAGUCACUGCAUGAACAGCCUGCAAAGGGACUGGCUGGGUUUCAGGAGGCUCUGACGGUGACCUCUCACCGCACUGAGAUGCCAAGGCAGAACUCGGACCCCACCUCAGAAAAUCCUCCUCUGCCCCCUCGCAUUGAAAAGUUUGACCGAAGUUCUUGGUUACGGCAGGAGGAAGACAUUCCACCAAAGGUGCCUCAACGAACCACUUCCAUAUCCCCUGCUCUGGCAAGGAAGAACUCCCCAGGCAAUGGCAGUGCCCUGGGGCCCAGGCUGGGCUCCCAGCCCAUUCGGGCAAGCAACCCGGACCUGAGGAGGACUGAGACCAUCGUGGAGAGCCCACUGCAGAGGACCAGCAGUGGCAGCUCCUCCAGCUCCAGCACUCCCAGCUCCCAGCCCAGCUCCCAAGGUGGUUCCCAGCCUGGCUCCCAGGCUGGCUCCAGCGAGCGCAACAGAGUCAGAGGGAACACCAAACCUGAAGGGUCCCCUGUGCUCUCCCACGAGCCCGCCAAGGUAAAGCAGGAAGACAACAGGGAUGUGACACGACCGAGCCGACCCGCUGACCUGACGGCUUUAGCCAAAGAGUUGAGGGAGCUGCGCAUCGAGGAAACCAAUCGCCCCCUGAAGAAGGUGACCGACUACUCCUCCUCCAGUGAGGAGUCAGAAAGCAGCGAGGAGGAGGAGGAGGAUGGGGAAAAUGAGAUGCACGAUGGGACCGUGCCCGUCAGUGACAUCCCACGGCUUAUACCAACAGGAAUUCCUGGAAGCAAUGAGACGUACAACUUGGGAAUGGUGACAACCCACGGGCUGGAGACUUCCCAUGCAGAUACGUUUAGCAAUAUUUCAGGGGAAGGGACAUUAAUGGUGAGGGAGACCUCUGGUGAAAAAAAGCGUUCUGGCCACACAGCCAGCAAUGGCUUUGCAGGUCACAUCAAUCUCCCUGACCUGGUGCAGCAAAGCCACUCGCCAGCGGGCACGCCGACCGAGGCCCUUGGGCGAGUCUCCACCCAUGCACAGGACAUGGACUCGGUGCCUGAAUAUGGUAUGGGAAGUAGCACCAAAGCCUCUUUCACCCCCUUUGUGGACACCAGAGUGUAUCAGACCUCGCCUACUGAUGAAGAUGAAGAUGAGGAUGAAGAGUCAUCUGCUACUGCCCUUUUCACCAGCGAGCUGCUCAGACAGGAACAGGCCAAGCUGAACGAAGCCCGGAAAAUCUCGGUGGUGAACGUCAACCCCACCAACAUCCGUCCCCACAGUGACACCCCGGAGAUCCGGAAAUACAAGAAACGCUUCAACUCGGAGAUUCUCUGUGCUGCUCUCUGGGGUGUGAACCUGCUGGUGGGCACAGAAAAUGGCCUGAUGCUGCUGGAUCGAAGCGGACAAGGGAAGGUCUACAACCUGAUCAACAGGAGGAGAUUUCAACAGAUGGACGUGCUUGAGGGGCUGAAUGUCCUUGUGACAAUAUCAGGAAAGAAGAACAAGCUGCGUGUGUACUAUCUCUCCUGGCUGAGAAACAGGAUUUUACACAACGACCCUGAGGUGGAGAAGAAGCAGGGCUGGAUCACGGUUGGGGACCUGGAAGGAUGCAUCCACUACAAAGUUGUGAAAUACGAAAGAAUCAAGUUCUUGGUGAUUGCCUUAAAGAAUGCUGUAGAGAUCUAUGCUUGGGCUCCUAAACCAUAUCACAAGUUUAUGGCAUUUAAGUCUUUUUCAGAUCUCCAGCACAAGCCGCUGCUCGUGGAUCUCACUGUAGAAGAGGGUCAGAGACUCAAGGUUAUCUUUGGAUCACACACUGGUUUCCAUGUGAUUGAUGUAGAUUCUGGGAACUCUUAUGAUAUCUACAUACCAUCUCAUAUUCAGGGCAAUAUCACUCCUCAUGCCAUUGUCAUCCUGCCUAAAACAGACGGGAUGGAGAUGCUGGUGUGCUAUGAGGAUGAAGGUGUGUAUGUCAACACCUAUGGACGGAUAACUAAAGAUGUGGUGCUCCAGUGGGGAGAAAUGCCUACUUCUGUGGCCUACAUUCAUUCCAAUCAAAUAAUGGGCUGGGGAGAGAAAGCGAUUGAAAUCCGCUCGGUGGAGACGGGACACUUGGAUGGAGUAUUUAUGCACAAGAGAGCUCAAAGGUUAAAGUUUCUAUGUGAAAGAAAUGAUAAGGUAUUUUUCGCGUCGGUGAGAUCCGGAGGAAGCAGCCAAGUGUUUUUCAUGACCCUCAACAGAAACUCCAUGAUGAACUGGUAACAGAGGAGCACUUGGCACUCACCACCAAUGGCAUUAUUUCUAAUUUAAAGGACAUUAAACACGAGGACUAACACUGUAGAGGCAGGUGCAGAGGGCGCCCAGGAACACCGCUCCCCCGGGGCGGGGGCUGCGGGCAGGGAUGGACUUUCACGCUUGGACCCCCCGAGGUCUCCUGAUUACGCUGUGUUAUAGUGGGUUAUGAGUUUUUCCUUUAUUUUAUUUCGUUGGUUUUUUUGUUUGGUUUUUUUUUUUUUUAUUUUACCCUUUCCUUCGUUUCCCCUACUUUGUAAGAUCGGGGAAAGAAACAGUGUCCAAAAGUCUGUUUUUAAUUCUGUCUGCCUGCUAGCAUCAAAUAUAUAGUAUGUUGUAAAGUUACCAAUUAAAUCUGGUGAGAGACAGCACAAUAAAUGUACCUUUUAUCUUUGUGACGAAGGCCAUAACCGUAUAGCUGGGUAAUUUUAGGAAUCUUUUGCCUUCACCAACAUUUACAUGUUGCUUUUGGCAGCAACGGCUUAACGGAUUUUUAAAAGAAGAGAAGAAGUAAUAGGGUGGGGUUUUUUUUCCCCUCUUUUGGGAAAUGGAUUUUAAAUGGCUAAACUACUAGCCUUAGACUAAUAAAAAUCAGCUACCAUUUCUGUCAAGUCUGUCAAUCCAUAUUUCCAUAUGGAUCUUCACAUAAUGGUGUGUCUUGAUAGGGCCGGAGGUGCCAUUUGUUGUUACUCCAGAGGUGCCCACCUGCCCCGGGGCUUGGCCGGGGGGAUCAGAGGAGGAGAGGACAACGGAGCGGUCGGAAGAGCCCCGUGCUCAACCCCCAGGUGUGGGAUUUGUGGCUGCAGAUGGCUCUGGAGGUGUCGGGGGUGAUGGACCCCAAUGCCAAAACCGGUGCAAGCUGUGGGUGCCCGGAGCCAGAGGCAGCCGAGGUUCAGGGAGAGCAAAAGAAGGAGCUGCCUGUCCCCCACCUUGCUGGAUUGGGCUUGUAAAGAGCUUAAAAAAAGAAAAAAACAAAAAAAAAAUUAUAUAUAUAUAUGUGUGUGUGUGGUUUCCGGAGGUCUCUCUACUCGUUUUUUUUCCGCCCCUUCCGCUCCUUAGGAAUUACCCAACAUACAGUGGAAGACAACAUCCGUGCCGAACCGUGUGUGCGUGUGUUUAGUUCAGGUUGAAUCUCGUGUCCUUAUAAAACUCUGCUCAGUUGAUUUCCAUU